UAGACUUUACCAUGACUGUGCAGUAGAUCUACCUAAACCAUGUAAACCGGUGCAAGAAGUUUGUAGCCAUAUUAUUGCUCGAUCGCAGACGUAGUGGCUAGCUUGUUUUUUAGAACGCUGUUUCUUUCUAGUUUUCUAGUGUUUACUGUGUUGAAGGAGCAGAACAAACAAUGGAUAGGGAUCACAGGAAGUCUUUGACAAAGUGCCAGCUGAAGCUGCUAGAUUUGCUGAAUCCUGAGGAUUAUGUCCUGGACUAUUUGCUGAGCGAGGAAAUUAUUUCUAGCGCAGAAAAAGAUAAGGUUUCCCUGAAGCCUACUCCCAAGGAGCAGACCAGGGAGCUAUUGGACAUUGUUCCGCGGAAAGGAGCAAAGGCCUGGGAUACUUUCCUGGAAGGCUUGCGAGGAUCAGAGGCCGGGGCGCAUCGCGAAGCCGCAGAUGCUCUCGAGGAAAUGCUCACACAGGUGAAGGCGGGAAGAAGUCCGCGACCACCUCGUCGAGUUGAACAUGAAGGCGAUGGUGCUGGAGCGUCCCGUCCCGCUGUCGGUGGCAGCACUCAGCCGGACUGGCUUGGUGGCAGUGGCAGCAGCAGUACUGGCCGCAGCGAUAGCAGCCAGUUGACUGUCCGGGUAGAUCUGGACAAUUUCAAUGAUGUGUACAAGAUGACAAGUCAGCCGCGAGGUAUGGCCUACGUGAUCAACAACAAAAACUUUUCGAGGAGCAGUGGAAUGCCAAAGCGUAAUGGCACCGAUGUGGACAUGAACGCACUGGACGAGAUGUGGACCGGUUUAGGAUUCGAAACAAGAAUAUUCAAAGACCAGGGCGGCGGGGACUUGCGCUACGAGCUUGGACGCCUUGCCAAGCAAGACCACACUGGUCGUGACUGCAUGGUGGUCAGCAUACUCACACAUGGUGUUGAGGGCAAGCUGUAUGGAUCGGACGGAGACCUGGUACCCGUAGAAGACCUGAUUGAGCUAUUCAACAAUGAUGUGGUGCAUAAGUCGCUCAUCGGCAAACCAAAGCUAUUCUUUUUGCAGGCAUGUCGCGGUGACUACUUUGACAAGGGAACAGACCAGCCUGAUUCAGCUAUUGCCGAGGAAAUGAUGACGGACGAUUCGGACACCACCAUCGACGGAAAGCUCCGCUCGAUACCAUCCGCGGCCGACAUGUUCGUUGGCUACGCAACCAUUCCUGGCUUUGUGUCAUGGAGGAACUCUGAGAGGGGAUCUUGGUUUGUGCAGAGUAUCAUCAAAACCUUCCGCGAGUACUCCAAGGAAGAGCAUUUGAUCGACAUGAUGGUACGAGUGAACCAGUGUGUGGCGACGGAGUUUGAGGCCAGCGGCCAUAACAAGCAAGUACCAUCGCCUGUGGUUCGGCUAACAAAGAAGCUGUAUUUCCGGCCCGGUUACUACGCCAGGAAGUGAGCGACAGCUAGGCGUCACUGACCACUACCAUGAUGAGCACCAGCUGGACACGAGCACUAGCCGGCAACUGUCAAGCUGUUAUUGCUGGACUGUUGUGUGCUUACUUGGCUGUGCUUGGUGCCAGGUGAGGCUCUCACCGUAUCGUAUCAUGAGGCCUGUGCCGAAUGCUUUGAUGGCCCAGGAUCAGACCUGGCAGUGACGAGCUGUGCAUGCAACGGAAUCCAGAGCCAUACCUAGAGUAUUAUCUUUCGAAGACAAUCUUUCUGGGACAAUAUAGUGUGUCAUUUAGUUUUUUACAUGGUCAACAGCAUUGCUCUUCAACUGUUCUCUAAAAAACUCUAAUAACUUUGAUAAAUACAUGUAGAUGUAAGAUGGCACAACCGCAAUGUCAAAUUGUGCGUAUUAGCCUCUUGAAUUUCUCUAUUUUUUGUUGUAUUGAAGAAGAGAUUUUCUGGCAAGUGUUUUACGAAGCAAUGGUCGAUAUUGUCUAAUAACUUACAAAAUAUGUUGGACAGGUUUUGGUGUGCGUACUGGACUCUGACAAGACUACACUGACCGUUGACAGUUUC